AUGUCUCUAUCAAACAAGCUCAGCAUCACAGAUUUGGAUCUCAAGGGCAAACGCGUCCUGAUUCGUGUCGAUUUCAAUGUCCCCAUGAAAGAUGGGGCCAUCACCAACCCAGCUCGUAUCGUAGCUGCCAUUCCGACUAUCAAAUAUGCUCUGGAUAACGGUGCCAAAGUCGUAGUGCUGAUGUCCCAUCUGGGUCGUCCGGACGGCAAAGUUGUCGAAAAAUACUCACUCAAGCCUGUGGCAGGCGAGCUCUCGAAGCAGCUCGGUGGCAAGGAUGUUCAGUUCCUCAACGACUGUGUUGGCUCCGAGGUUGAGUCGGCCGUCAAUUCUGCCUCGGAUGGUUCGAUUAUCCUGCUCGAGAACCUUCGCUUCCACAUCGAGGAGGAAGGCUCUGUCAAGGACAAGGAUGGCAAGAAGACGAAAGCUUCAGAGGCUGACGUCAAGAAGUUCCGCGAGGGAUUGACCAAUCUCGGUGACGUAUAUGUCAACGAUGCAUUUGGGACUGCCCACCGUGCACAUUCGAGCAUGGUCGGCGUGCAACUACCACAGCGGGCUGCGGGUUUCUUGAUGAAGAAGGAGCUCGAGUACUUUGCCAAGGUACUGGAGAAUCCAGAGAGGCCCUUCCUGGCUAUUCUUGGUGGUGCUAAGGUUUCGGACAAGAUCCAGCUUAUUGAGAAUAUGCUCGACAAGGUAGACUCGCUCAUCGUCACUGGUGGGAUGGCCUUUACCUUCAAGAAGACUCUGAACGGCAUGAAGGCAUGUCUUUUCUCAAUUGGAAAUUCUCUCUUCGAUGAGCCUGGAUCAGAAAAGGUGGCUGCAUUGGUCGAAAAGGCCAAGUCGAAAAACGUCAAGCUGGUCUUCCCUGUCGAUUAUGUCACUGCCGACAAAUUUGACAAGGACGCUCAAGUUGGAGAAGCCACAGAUGAUAGUGGCAUUCCCGAUGGCUGGCUCGGUCUCGACGUUGGACCAAAGACUAGCAAGCUCUACCGGGACACCGUCCUCGAGUCAAAGACCAUUCUUUGGAAUGGCCCUGCAGGUGUGUUCGAGUUUCCCAAUUUCGCGCGGGGAUCGAAGGACCUCCUUGAUGCCAACAUCGAGGCUGCAAAGAAUGGAAGCACUGUCAUUGUUGGUGGUGGCGACACUGCGACUGUCGUCGCCAAUUAUAAGGCUGAAGAUAAGCUCAGCCAUGUCAGCACUGGCGGUGGUGCAAGCUUAGAACUCUUGGAGGGCAAAAACCUUCCUGGCGUUGCCGAGCUCAGCGAGAAGCAAUAA